AUGCAUGAACUCCUCCGACAACUCAACAACACGCCGCCCGACGUUUUUGUCCAUCCGGCUGGAACGGGCGGUACGCUAUCGUCAAUUGGGAGAUACGCCAAGAAAUAUGGGUUGAAGACUGAAAUUGUGCUCGCUGACACCCAAUAUUCCGUGUAUUUCGAUUAUGUGCUGAAUGGGACAUUCUCCGAGAACACCGGAGCUCACCAUUGGAUAACCCCCGGGAUGGCAGGUAUCGGGUAUGGAGCAAUGGGACCAGCGAGAAUUGCACAGACAACUAGCCUCGAUCCGGCGGUCAUCGAUCGAGUCUUAAAAAUGCCGGAUCUGGCGAGCACGGCGGCGAUGAAGGUGGCACGAGACAUCGGGAUAAACGGAGGGACGAGUACGGGUGUCAAUUUUCUGGCGGCUCUUCACAUUGGAGCACUUUUACCUCCCGAUAGGCCGGUUACUGUAGCUACGAUCCUUGCGGAUUCUGGGAAAUACUAUGAGACGACGUACUUUAAUCGGGAGUGGAUUGGCGCGAAGUUUGAAUUUCAUGGAGGGUUGAAGGUAUUUGAUUGCUGGGUGGAAAUCAUCAAAAAGUGUUUUGAGAAUGGGAAGGAUCCGCUGAAAAUUGGACAGGAGGCGUGCAAGAAUUUCUAG